UUUUUUUAUGAUCAUAUUUUCCACAGAGGUGUAAUGAAAAAAAAAAAAAAAAAAAAAAGCAAAAAGUGUUUUACUAAAUCAGAAAUCUAUCACCAACGAAAAUCGGGUGAAAUUCAAUGGCGAACAAAGCGGCUUCAUCUUCUUCUUCCUCAGCUCCUCCGACCGAUCAACACGACGAAACAGAACGAGAACAACAAGAAGACGAAUGGUUAGAGUUAUACGGAGCCGAAUCGGGUUGGGUAGAAGCCCGGACUCACUGCGAUCACUUGGCUUCUCUAUCUUCCGAUCUCGUUCACAUUCCCGCCCCAAAUGCUCACUGCAACAGGUGCGAGCAUCCAGAUGAGAACUGGCUUUGUUUAUGCUGCAAGGAAGUUCUAUGCAGCCGUUUCGUGAAUAAACACAUGCUUCACCAUUUUCACCAAGCAAAUCAUUCUCUAGCCCUCAGCUACAGUGAUCUGUCUGUUUGGUGUUUCUGUUGCGAUGCCUACUUAGACGCCCAACUGAUACCGCAACUCCGGCCGGUCUACGAAACCGCUUACUUACUGAAAUUCGGCGAAUCCCCACCGUUCCGAUCAGCUUAACAUCCAUCCAUCAAGAGGGUGGUCUUCAACUUCAUCAGUCUUUCCUGUAAUGCUUUUACAUGUUUCAAUUUUCUUUCAUUUUCUAUGCGUAUGUUCUUUUUAAGAACAAUUUUAGUGAAAGAUUUUAAUUUGAAUUGCUAUAUGAAA